CAAACAGGUCGGUGCCUGGUGGCGAAUCGAAGAGGCUCUGUUUGCCUUUCGAAGAGAUAAAUUGCAGAAAGCACAUCAGCAUCGUGAAUUGCAGAGCGUGUUUAGAAAGAUGCUCCGCAGUUUAAAGUUUUUGUGGAUUUGGAUGAUUAUUCCCUACACGUCCGCGCUGGAAUUUAAAUACCACAGUACAAGGGAAUUGGAGUCGUUUUUACGAGAUAUCAGCACGAACUACUCAUCAAUUACCCACCUUUACAGUAUUGGGACAUCUGUAACCGGUCUUAAUCUCUGGGUUCUGGCAAUUGGAAAAUAUCCAAAAGAACAUACUGUAGGCAUUCCAGAUGUGAAGUACAUUGCGAACAUUCAUGGUGAUGAGGUCGUGGGCAGAGAAAUACUGCUUCACUUGAUUGAACAUCUGGUUAAAAUGUACAAUAAAGAUGCCACGAUAACCAAGCUAAUAAACAAUACUCGGAUUCACAUCAUGCCAUCCAUGAACCCUGAUGGAUUUGAAAUCACUCAACGUGAAAAGCAAGAUUGCUCUUUUUCCCAAGGCAGAUACAAUAAAAAGCAAGUUGAUUUGAACAGAAACUUUCCUGAUGCCUUUGAAAAUAACACGUUACUAUUAGAACCAGAAACCAGAGCAGUAAUGGACUGGAUUGAAGAUAAGACUUCACGAUUUGAACCAGAAACCAAAGCAGUAAUGGGCUGGAUAAUGAAUGAAACUUUCGUUCUAUCUAUAAGUUUGCAUGGCGGGGCUCUUGUAGCCAGCUAUCCAUAUGACAACAAACAGACAGCCAUGGAUUCCUCUGGCUACAGCAGGUGUCCUGAUGAUGAUGUCUUUGUGUACCUUGCAAAGAAUUAUUCUUAUAGCCAUGGAUCCAUGUUCAAUGGUGAUGAAUGUGUAAGCAUCCCGUAUUUCAAGGAUGGAAUUACCAAUGGAGCUCACUGGUAUUAUUUUUCAGGGGGAAUGCAAGACUUCAACUAUAUUUGGGGACAGUGCUUUGAGCUAACUGUAGAGCUGUCGUGUUGUAAAAAUCCACCAGUAUCAUAUUUGGAGGAAUUUUGGUAUGAGAAUCAAGAAUCCCUGAUUAACUUCCUCAAACUUAGUCAUCUUGGUAUUAAAGGGCAAGUCCUGAACAUGGAUGGUACUCCCAUAAAAAAUGCAAAAGUAGAGAUUCAAGGCAGACAAAACAAGUAUCCUUUUCGAACUAAUGAAUGGGGUGAAUAUUACAGACUUCUGCUACCUGGAUCAUAUACUGUGAAUAUUACUGGGCCAAAGGUUGAAUCAAAUGUAAAGAAGUUGGAAGUUUUAAAUAACUUGGAGAAUUUCUCUGCAAUGGUCUUUGACUUUCACGUGAACACCACUACCACAGACCCAUCAUCAUCUUAUAAUGUUGCUACACAACAAGACAUUGGCGCUGCUAGCGGAAUACAGCAAAACAUAAUUUUAUGGCUGUCAAUUAUGGUGUUCUCAGUUUUAAUUUGUUAGAUAAUGGCGAGAGAUGUUCUGAUGCUAUAAGUAUAAGCUAUAACCAAAUCGAGUUGCAAACAAAUCUGUUGAGACUUGGUGUGACAGUCAAACUAAAUCAGAACUGAUGACUCCUGAAUGUUUAUUAUAAAAUAGUGGUAAAAUCAACUUUAAUAUAAAAGAUUGAAGUUCUAGAAUUGUACAGUAUUGUCACACAUUUAGCAUGUUACUUUUGGUAAAGGCCUUUUGAUUGCAUUGUGACAUCCUGAUACUGGGGAACUUCUCAACUACCUUAACCCAAGUACAAGUACUACAAAAGAUAAAAAGAAGGAAUACUCAUAGCAAUUCCUGCAUGUAACUGAUUUGAGAGGUGUCACAGUGAGGAACGUAAGAAAUGAGCAGGGGUUGGUCUUUCAGCCCUUUCAUCCAUGUGUUAUUCCAAAAUAUAUUUGAAAAGUAUUGGAAACUUUACAACUAUGGAUUCCCUUGCUGAUUGAAAAUCUAAAUCAGCUAAGGACCCAGCCUCAACAGCACUCUAUGGUAAAUAAUUCCACAGAUUCUCUGUCAUCUAAGAGAAUAAAUUACUAUCCUCUAUCUUCAAAGGGUAAUUUAUAUUCUGAGAUUGUGCCUUGUAGAUAUUAAACUGGUUUGCUGGGUUAGUGAAUAUUAAAUGAGAAGGAAAAACAUAUGAAGCCUGAUGUUGACCUAAUGAUUAGAAAGGUCACUGUUUGCUGAAGGAAUGUGUGUGUUUAGGUUAAAUUCUGUACUGGGAGUGAACUGUCACAGUGACUCUGAAAGGCUUGUUUUGAAAUAGAGACAGCUAAAAAGAGGUAAGCACCUUUCUAAGGAGAAACCAGAAAAUCCUAAGGAGUUGCGCACAACACCUCUUCUUCCUCAGGAGACCAAGGAAAUUCAACAUGUCCAUAAGGACCCUCACCAACAUAUACAGAUGCAUCAUAGAAAGCACACUAUCUGGGUGCAUCACAGCUUGGUCCGGCAACUGCUCUGCCCAGGACUGUAAGGAACUACAGAAAGUUGUGAACACAGCCCAGACCAUCACACAGCCCAACCUUCCAUUGUUUGACUCCAUCUAUACUACUUGUUGCUGCGGAAAGGUAGCCAAUAUCAUGAAAGACCCCUCCCACCCCCAUUAUAAUCUCUUCCAACCUCUUCAGUCAGGCAGAAAAUACAAAAGUUUAAACACAUGUACCAACAGGUUCAAGAACAGCUUCUUCCCUGCUGUUACGAGACUUCUGAUUGGACCUCUAAAAUUUCAAAUCUAAUGUUGAUCUUGAUUUUUGUGCACCUUCUUUGCAGGUGUAACUUUGUACUCCUCACUUUGUUUGAUCACCCUAUAAUCUUUCUGUCUUUGUACAUUAUGAUCUGCUGUACUGCACGCAAAUCAAAACUUUUCACUGUGCCUAGGUACAUGUGACAAUCAUAAAUCGAAUCAGAUCAGUUGAUCAAACCAGCUGUGGAAAACUGACAUAACAUGGUGUGAAGCUGGAUGAACACAGCAGGCCAAGCAGCAUCACAGGAGCACAAAAGCUGACGUUUCGGGUUGGGACCCUUUUCUGAAGAAGGGUCCCGACCCGAAACAUCAAGCUUUCCUGCUCCUCUGAUGCUGCUUGGCCUGCUGUGUUCAUCCAGCUCCACACUGUGUCAUCUCAGAUUCUCCAGCAUCAGCAGUUCCUACUAUCUCUAUGGAAAAAUGACAUAUCUGGGAUGUUUGCCAGUGGUCAAACUGAUCAGUGACCUGGAGUCUGGAUAGUGUCAAAGUUUGAAUGCACAGCCAAACUUGUAAUGAAGAAGGAUAUAAGAAAGCUAGCGUAAAUGGUCAUGUAAUUAGUCCUGGAGGUGGGGAUGGAGCAGGAUGAUCAUCUGUUCUUGGUCUGAUCCUCUGCUAAGUCCAUGUAAAUGUGAUUGUAAGCUUUGUAUGGGUAAGAGUGUUGGAGUAUUUUUGUAAUGUACUUUGCUUUAAUAAAGAAUAUUGUGUAGAUCUCA